AGAGCGAGAGAGCGAGAGGGAGAGGGAGACGCAGCAGCAGCAGCAGCACACAGCCGGGUGCCAGUGGGCGAAGAACCCAGAGCUGCCCCGAGCCGCUGAAGCAGCAAACACGCUGACUUUGAGCCAAGACGAUUUGGGUGUCUGGAAUUUACACUCCGCUGACAUCUCUCGGCUGGGCGUUGGAGUGGAACUUUCUACCUGUUCUUGUCGCAAGAGAAGCUGGUUUCUGUGACUUUUGAAGAUCUCUCCCUGGGAGGAUGGACCCCUUCUCUAUGUUGUGGUUGCUCUUGACUGCCUGUGGGCUAGACCUGUCUCAGGCUGUGAACCCCUUUGCGGUGCAACAGAUCCCGCCUGACCCUUGCUAUGACGAAAAAGGAGCACCCCGCCGCUGCAUCCCAGAGUUUGUCAACGCCGCCUUUGGGAAGGAGGUCCAUGCAUCCAGCACAUGCGGCAAGCCAGCAACUCGCCACUGUGACUCUUCAGACCCCCGGAAAGCUCACCCGGCAUCCUACCUCACAGACCUGAACACUGCUGCAAAUAUGACCUGCUGGCGCUCAGAGACCUUGCACCAUUCGCCCCAGAAUAUCACCCUCACCCUCUCCCUGGGCAAGAAGUUUGAGGUGAUCUAUGUGAGUCUGCAGUUCUGCUCUCCCCGUCCAGAGUCAGCUGCUGUUUUCAAGUCCAUGGAUUACGGCAAAACAUGGGUGCCUUAUCAGUACUACUCUUCUCAGUGCCGGAAGAUCUACGGCAAGCCCAACAAAGCCACCGUCACCAAACAGAACGAGCAGGAGGCUCUGUGCACCGAUGGGCACACAGACCUCUACCCCUUGACAGGAGGGCUCAUUGCCUUCAGCACUCUGGACGGGCGCCCAUCAGCCCAAGAUUUUGACAACAGCCCCGUCCUUCAGGAUUGGGUGACGGCCACUGACAUCCGGGUCAUUUUCAGCCGCCCCCAUUUGUUCCGGGAACUAGGGGGCCGGGACCAUGAGGACGAGGAUGGUGGGGCCAGCUCUUCUUCGUACUACUAUGCCGUGGGCGAGUUUCAGGUCGGGGGGCGCUGCAAGUGCAAUGGCCAUGCCUCACGCUGCGUGAAGGACAAAGAAGGCAAGCUGGUGUGUGACUGCAAGCACAACACGGAGGGCCCUGAGUGCGACCGCUGCAAACCAUUCCAUUAUGACCGUCCGUGGCAGAGGGCCACUGCCAGGGAGGCUAACGAGUGCCUAGCCUGCAACUGCAAUCUUCAUGCCCGUCGCUGCCGUUUCAACAUGGAGCUCUACAAACUCUCAGGACGGAAGAGUGGGGGCGUUUGCCUGAACUGUCGCCACAACACUGCUGGGCGACACUGCCAUUACUGCAAAGAGGGCUUCUACCGAGACAUGAGCAAAUCCAUCACUGACAGAAAAGCCUGCAAAGCCUGCGACUGCCACCCUGUUGGCGCAGCUGGAAAAACUUGCAACCAGACUACUGGACAAUGCCCGUGCAAAGAUGGUGUGACGGGGUUGACCUGCAACCGCUGUGCCAAAGGUUACCAACAGAGCCGAUCACCAGUGGCACCAUGCAUCAAGAUUCCUGCCGUCAAUCCCACCUCUGUGGUCACUAGCACGGAAGAACCAGCAGACUGUGACUCCUACUGCAAACCAGCCAAAGGCAACUACAAAAUUAACAUGAAAAAGUACUGCAAGAAAGAUUAUGUUGUCCAAGUCAACGUCUUAGACAUGGAGACGGUGGCCAACUGGGCCAAGUUCACUGUCAACAUCCUCUCGGUCUACAAGUGCAGAGACGAACGGGUGAAAAGGGGCGACAACUUCUUGUGGAUCCACAUGAAAGACCUGGCGUGCAAAUGCCCCAAGAUCCAAAUCAGCAGGAAGUACUUGGUCAUGGGGAUCAGCGAAAACCCCACUGACCGGCCAGGACUAAUGGCUGACAAGAACAGCUUGGUGAUCCAGUGGAGGGAUGCCUGGACUCGGCGGCUCAGGAAACUGCAGCGGCGGGAGAAAAAGGGGAAGUGCUUGAAACCGUGAUUGGUUUAGGCUCGUGUCUGUUAAUACAUGCCUCCCUUCUCUCUCGUCCCCUGUGCACUGCACCCAGCAGACUGUUCCUAGAGACUCUGUACAUAUACAUAUCAUGUGAAUGGAUGGACUCGCCUGUGUAUAGUGUAUAUUUUGGCAAUGAUUCUUUGGGGGUGGGGGUUGCGUGCAUGGGUCUUUUUUUAAAAAAAGUUUAUUAAGAGUAACACAGUAAUGACAAACCUUUAACAAGGAGCGAAGUGAAGGAGAAGGCUGGUGGGGCCGGUGUGAACUGAAGAGACUUGGAAGAAGACAGCUCAGAAUGUCUCUGAGCAGGAGCAUAAUUCCCACCCUGUUUUUCUUUUUUUAAAAAAACAAAAACAAAACAAUGACAGUGUUUUUCUGAUCCUGCCAAAUUCCAGAGGGACAACCACAGGAGCUGUCACUUACUGGGAAGGGGCGAGGUGGUGGGGGAGGUCAGGACGGCACAUGUGCACCGACAGAGCCAAUCUGGUGUUCCCAUCUGCACACCCACAAAUCGUUGCCCUUACUGCCAUGUUAUGCUUCCUACUUCCAGGAAGUGAUGCCUCUUCCCACUAAUCACUCCUAGAUAGUCGUAUUAAGUCUGUUAACAGUAAUCUCUCUCUCUCUUUCUUUCUCUCUCUCUCUCUCUCACACACAGGCCACAUUCACAACAUACAUUUAAAGCACUAUCAUGCCACUUUAAACAGCCAUGGCUUUCGCCCAAGAAAUCUUGGAGCUAUAAGUUUGUUAUGGGUGCUGAGUAUCAUUAGAAGGCCUCUAUCCCCCUGCCCUCCUGUCAACCUAGCAGUUCGAAAGCACAUCGAAGUGCAAGUAGAUAAAUAAGUACCACUACAGCGGGAAGGUAAACGGCGUUUCCAUGUGCUGCUCUGGUACACCAGAAGCAGCUUUGUCAUGCUGGCCACAUGACCUGGAAGCUGUACGCCGGCUCCCUCGGCCAAUAACGCGAGAAGAGCGCCGCAACCCCAGAGUCCGUCACGACUGGACCUAAUGGUCAGGGGUCCCUUUACCUUUUUAUCCCCCUGCCAAGAUCUGCAAUUCCCUGAGUUUCCUGUGAAAAGGGAUUGACUGCUAAACCACCCUGGAAUUGUGAGAUAACUAGAAGUCUCCUAACAACUCCCAGUACCCUCAGAAAUUACAGCUCCCAUAAUUCUUUGGGGGAAGACAUAAUGGUUUAAAGUUGUAUGAUAGCGCCUUAAAGGUAUGGUGUGAAUGUCCCCCCACCCCCACAGAAAACCCACCUUGGGAUACCUUAAACAGAUCUGUGGUAGGAUUGUGACAGGAACUCGGAGGUGUUAUCAUCAGUUUGGAAUGGCUUCCAAAAAAGCUCCACCCUGUUCACAGAGGCAGAAAAAGGGGUGUUUCCUCAAACAUUCUCAGGGGGGAUCGGGAUUUUUUGGGGGGACAGCGCGGUUCCUUCUUUUGUUCUGCAAGCACCAAGAGCAGCAAGAGCAGAGCUUCUGUGAUGACAUCCUGGUACCCCUUCAUAAUGCCCCGGAUGGUCUCAUUGUCCCAGGGUUUUGUGGUUUGGGGUGACAGCGGGGGGAGUGGAGGCCCUCAUGAAAUAGCGACAGAGAAUUUUUAUCAAAAUGGCCCUCUGUUGGGAGGGACAGGCAAAAAUGAAGAUGGUCUGCUGAGAAGUAUUGCCUCAUUGCUCUCUCUGUCUCUCUGACGCACAUACACUGAUAAAUUUUCCCUUGCUCAAUCAGAUAAGUUUUAAUUGAGCCAUCAAUUCAAUCUGCACAAAAUUGCAUAUGAGAAAAGCAAGUGUCCCAAAUAAACUUUCUUCAUAGAUCAGGAGUGGAAAACCUUUCAGCCUGAGGACAGGCUUCAGACCUGGCCAAGACUCCAAAUGGACGAGGUCAGAGGAUAAGUGGGUGGGGCUUAAAAGUUAAAAAUAAAGUGAAGCUGAAAUACUGAAUACAGGUGGUACCCAUAUGUCACAGUGGGCUUCCUUUUUAGAACAGUCCUUUCUCAUUCGUUCUCACAUGAAGAAAUGUCAGAUAGCACUUUCUAUCUGCAGGGUUUAGCUUGGUUUUUACAAGUGAUAUAGGUAGGCACCUUUUCAGAUGCUCAACAUAUUUUCAGUUGAUUCAUGUCUCUAACCCAGCCUUACCUGGUUGCCUGCAGAUGUGGCUGGACUACGGUGACUGUGUUGGCUGGGACUGUUAAGCACUGAAGUAAAGAAGACAACAAAGAAGAAUCUGGAGAGCAGUAGGUUGGGGGGAGGCUGAUUUAAGCUGUCAGAUGACUAAGAUUAAGGCUGAACCCAGAGUUCUCAGUGGAGAAAUUUCAGUUUGAAUUUGGGAAGGCUGGGAGGGGCAUGGGGACAAGUGCUCACCCCAUUCCACAUCCCCACAGGGAGCAGCUGUGGUAGUCAUUGGUCAUUGAAAAAGUAGUAGUGGGAAGAUCUCCAUUUUGUGCCCUUUUGGAUCCCUCUCCCAAUACCCAUAAUGCACCUUACUCCAAUUUUGCUAUCUACUGUUAGAACAGAGAAAAUAGGUUGUAAACAUGGGGCAAAUGUGUCAGAGACUCUACCUUUUGCCUUCCACCAACUUUGGGCUUCAUUGUUGACCACCACUGCCACCCCUUAUACCUCUGUGUCUCUGUGUGGGUAUCUCUUGUGUAUGUGCUUGUUUUUUCCACCUGAUGUAUUGGUCUCUGGUCCAUAAACACUUAAAGCCACAAUAAGUCUGCUAGUCUUUAAAGUGAAACAAGACUCCUUCCCGCUUUUGUGCUCUGGUUUUUGCUCAGGGUUGUAUUGAGUGCUAGUCCUAAUCAGAGCAGACCCAUUGAAAUCGGUGGACACGGCUAACUUAGGCUCUUUCAUUUCAGUGGGUCUCUGAGUAGAACUUAGUUGGAGGGCAUCCUAAGAUGCAAAUUGUGAGGUGGGCUAAUGCUCAUCUUCCAGUCUCGCCUUGCUGCCUCCUGGCUUUCAGGACUACCAGUUGCUGUAGUUCUUUUGCUGGGAACCUGAGCUGCCUGCCCUUGGAAAGUUUGCAUUUCUUGGUGGUCAGUGCCACCCCAAGACAUUUGCCACCUGAAGCAAACAACAAGGUGGUGGACCCUCUUUAACAUACAGAAGCUGUUUGAACUAGCAGCUGAGACUUAUUUUGACACAGACAGUGGGACAGUGUCUUCCUGAGGGGAGCAGGCUGGCUUAGGGGACACAGGGCAGGUUGUCCUUCAACACCUUGCCGCCACUCCCUGCCCCUCCUCCCAUCACCCAGCACCUAAUAUGACUUGACUAAGCUCUGCCUAAUAGUAGAGCUGGCGUUGUUGGUUGAGGAACCACUUGGGGAUAACAUGACAGCCUCAACAAAACCUUCUCUUUUUUUAGCUCUUCUGGCUGUCGAGGAAUGUCCGCAUCUUGUAUCUAACUGCCAUAUAAAUUUGGAUGGGUUGAAAACAUGUAAGCUGCACAGCUCAUUCCCACCAAAUACUGAACAGAAGAUAGACCUACACACAGAGCUGCACACAAACAAGCUAAGGAUCUUUUAAUGUCUGUUCCUAUCUCAUCCGAUGCUUAAUUCAUCUGCUCUGAUUAGACAGUAAGCUUUUCUUACUGUGACUAAGAAAUUGCCAGCCAGUCCUAUACAGUGGUACCUCGGUUUGCGAACGCAAUCCGUUGCACGGAGGCGUUCGCUCGUCGAGGCAUUCACUCACCGAAGGCACACUUCUGCAUGUGCACGAAGCACCAAUAGAGCGCUUCUGUGCACGCACACGCUGCACAGAUCGCUUUUGCACAUGCACGAGCUGCGCAGAUUGUGUCUGCGCAUCCGACGCCGCAGAACCCGGAUGUAAACAUUUCCGGGUCUGCGGCAUUCAUAAAUGGAGGUUUUCGUAAACGGAGGUAGUCGUAAACUGAGGUUCCACUGUACUUGCAAGCUUUCUGUGAUAUCAGGGGCCCCAAAGAAGGUCUAAGGCAUUAUGUCUUGUCAUUGGCUUGCUUCAACAAUGUCACAUCUGCCUUCUGGCUUCCAUUGGCUCAAUGGUUCUGAUGUCACUGAAGGGUUUUCCUGAAGUGUUGCCAUGACUGCCUACUGGUUGCUAUUGGCUCAGCUUUUCUGACAUCACAGAAAGUGCACCAACAUCACAGAAAGUGCUCCAAUGUCACAGAGGAUUUGCACACUUAGGACCAAACAUUUAACUGCAUGUGGAAAGUGGGGAAAAUAAUGACAUAUGAACUCUGGAGCCCGGAGACACUUAAACAGAACAGUCUAUCUCAUGUAUAGCAAUGCCUUUCAAUUCUUAAAACCAGCCUUUUCAUUGUUUUUAGUACUUUGGUUUAAUAACAGCUGCUAUUUAAAGUCACCAACGGAUCACUGCAGAGGGUUUGUAGGUACACAAGGUUAUCCUGCCAUCUGUUUGGUGCAAAGAAUGAUGAUUUCAUCAGCUUGAACAAGUGCAUAAUGAGAUGAUGAGCACCUUGGCUCAGUGCCAAUGUUAAUUCUUUUUAGCAGCAGUUUCAAAAGCCAUCUGGCUGCUGUUUCAGCAUAGUCUAAGCACUUUCAUUGUUGUUUUACCCAUAUGACUUGCAAGGCAGGUCCAGCCAGGGUACAUGAAUGCUUUCGUAUAGGAGCCAGGCAACAUAAGGCCACAACAUUGCCAUGUCCGGUCUGCCCAAGCUUUUUCCUUGAAGAGCAUAUCUCCUCAUUGCCCAUCGGGAAUGACUAAAGCACCUGAGGCCACCAUUUUGUCAGCUGCAGGGGCAAGUGGAGGUUCAGGGAGAUAGCAUCCAAAUCUUAGAGGGCCCAAAUGCCAACACCUCCCUUUGGUUUGCGGGAAUUUUAAAAAAAUUCAUACACAUUUUUGAGGAAACAUCAAGCCAAGCAGCUGCAGAUACUACCACCUUAAUUUUCCCAGAAUGCCUCUGGGCAUCAACAUACAGUCCAGGGGCAUUCUAGAGAAAUUAAGAUGACUGUAGCUUGUCUGUGGAGCACCCCCCCCUUCUGCCCCCUGGUAAGUUCAGUGGGCAGACACCACACCAGAUCAGUUAUGGGGUGGUGCUUGUUCAUAGCCCCCUCACACCUGUUGCCAAGUCUCCUGGUUAGUGCAGUGACAUCCUCCUUCAUAUUUUCAUCUUGCUCAUACCUGUAACUCAGCCAGCCAGCUCCCCCUGCUUGGAAGGAUUUCCUUUCACAGCUCUGAAAGAACCUCCUGAGGUUGAAAGCCCACCCUAUGCAGCCCCCCCCCAAAAAAAACAACCCGCUGCUGCUACUCACCCCCAUGCCAGAUUGGAUAAUUUUUUUAUGAUGCGUAAAGCAUCACUGUUUGACGAACCAUAAAUGCUACUUCUCAUAAGAUGUUGUUGAUGUUCACUUGCUUAUGAUAAUGUGUGUUUCAGGCACAAUUUCUUCUUUGCAAUGCAUGAAAGCAAGAAGGAUAGCUCACCCUACUUCACUUUAAAUGUGCAGAAGCAAUAUACCUAUGAAUACUCAAUACUCAGCAGAACGAACAACUAGGGGAAGAGAUUUCCUUUAUGUCCAGACACAUUGGCUUUCUCUCUGUUGUAAAUAGAAUGUUGGAGUAGGUAUAGGAUGAUGCUGUACUCAAACUCCCAUCAGCCCCAGCUAACUUAGCCACUGGUCUGGAAUGGUGGGAGUUGUAGUCCAAAAUAUCUGGAGAGCCACCUCUAGACAAGAUUAAAAUGGUGGCUGAAUCCAGCAAGAGUAGUCUUACCAUGCCAAUGAGAAAUGGAACAAAGAGUAAUAGAUUGACUGUGGCAUACAGCAAGGGUGGACUUUGGUAAUAUGGUGCCCUGAGCUUGGACAAAAUUUGGCAUGCCUCCUAAAUAUUUCUUAUUUGCAUCCCCUCAGCUCGGCAACCUCCCACACUACCCUAAAUCCAGCACUGCAUAUAGGCUGUAGAUCUAAGAAGUAUACUGCCAAAGGCAAAGAAGUGGGUAUCCCAGUAGAGAUAAAAUAGUAAGGCUAUUUAUUUCAAAGCUUUGGUUUCUGUCUUUCUUGGUAAUCCAGCUAGGAUUUCAAAUGAGCAGUGGAUGCUAAGGUGACAGUCUUAAGAACACAGUCAUGAUGGGGAAAGUCUUACUAAGAAGGGUGGCUUAUAUGAGAGGUGUUUUAUUUGUUUUUUGUUUUAAGGAAAUAAUUAAAUGUCAGCUUUCAAAUUAAAUUAAAGUGCAGUCCUAAACCUAUCUACUCAGAAGGAAGUCCCAUUGGGUUCAAGGGAUCUUACUCCCAGGAAGAUUGCAUAUAGGAUUACAGCCUUAGUGUGUUAAGUCUAUAGAUCCAGAAGUAUGGAUGCUUUUGGAAUCUGAUGACUAAGGAGUCACCCAAUCAAAUGUGCAGAUUUGAAUGUAGGUGCUCGUCAGAUUUUUACCUUUCCCCAAAUAUUGUCACACAGUCCUUGGCUCAAAUCCUGCUCCCAUCCCACAAGCAUUUUAAAAUGUUGAUUUUGAGGUAAAAUUAACAUUUUGAAAUGUGUAUUUUGAGAGCGAAUACAUUCAAACAUAUUUACAAUUUUCAACACAAACUUGUGUAAGUUUUUUUAAUGUUGCAGAUUAAUGCAAAUAACAGGAUCAAAAGUCCUUGUGGAAAUGGCACAUGUGAAAAUGGCAUGGACUGAGAGUAGUAGACUAAUUCCUCCAUCCCUGCCCGGAAGUUUUCCCUCUCUUCAAAUACCUCCAGAUUUGUUGGUUGUUCAGAGGGACAUUUUCCCAAGUCAACGAGGUGACAGCCAUCAAAACUGAAAUAUUUUGAAAUAGAUUGUUGGAGCUUCUUUGUCAAGGAUUAUUUCUUUGUGGGUUCUAAAUCAUCUACAAAGCCCUAUUGUUCAAGCAUACCAGAUGUCACACACGGAAUGUUUGCAUUCAGUAUACAUGAUAUUGUUAGACUUGCACACAGUGGAGGCUGAGGCAGGUGAGGCCCUGCUACACCAAUCCCAAUCUGCCCCCAGCCCGCCCCCAAGCUUCUUGCCUUCUUACAACCAGUCCAACAGGCGGCGGUGGUACCUGUCAGCUUCCUCCUCCUCCUUAAUCACAUGGUUGCCCUUGAAGAACUCAGCAGGAAAGAGGAUGGGAGCAAAUCUAGAAUUAGUUGGCCACACCUAUCAUUGGCUCUGGCUCCACCUAGUGUUGGGCUGUCUGCAUUCUGCCCCACCAGUCCCAAUGGGCACCAGCCCCCACUGCUUGUGCAUGAUGUUCUAAUGCAGGGGUGGCCAACUCCCAAGAGACAGCAAUCUACUCACAGAGUUAAAAACUGGCAGUGAUCUACCCCAUUUUGUGGGGUUCAGGUCAAAGUUGUUGAGAUUUUUUUUAGGGAGGAGGAAAGCCCCCCUUUUUUAAGGGAAGCCAAAGUUGUUGAGCUUCUUUGGGGGGAACCGGUCAUCUACCAGUGAUCUACCACAGACAUCCGGUGAUCUACCAGUAGAUCACGAUCUACCUGUUGGACAUGCCUGUUCUAAUGGAUCAUAUCGUACCAGCUUUUUUUGCUCCUAAAGCUUUUCAAAAGUGUAGUUGAUGCACACGGGUAACACUUCAUGCAUCCAAUGAAGUGGGAUCUAAGUCCCUGAAAAGUUUAUUCUACAAUAAAGCUGAUGCUACAAGACCCUUUGCUGGUUAUACUGCAACUAAAACAGUCACUAUUAUACAGAAAAGCCAUACUUGAAACAUGAAUGCAUCAUUCAGAACUUAAUAAGGUAGGCACGUCUUUUGUGCUUGAAUAUCCAUUCCAGAAAAGACAAUACAUUUUGAGCAGCAGCCUUAGGACAUUUAUAGUGGUGCGUUUACUCCAGCGGUUCAUGUGGACGGAAUCCGCAUUUGAGAGCAUUUAGGACAACGUGUUCUUGAGAAUGCGUUCUAAGGUUGUUAAUGCAACCUAUUUGCAAGCCACCUCUCUCUGCAUGGAAACAUAUAUCCUUCUAUCACACGAUCCAGGGCCACACACUUCAAGAGCACAGUAAUUAUGGGACAAGUUACUGUGGGAGUAACCAUUUCAUCACUUGAAUGAGCCAUCAGCAAAGGAGUAGAUGGAGAAAAACUGUGCUUUCCAAUAACAGGGCGCAAGCUAAUGUUAUUAGCUUACAGAUGAGGUUGAGUGCUGGUUUGUAAUUGUACAUUUGCAAAGAACUCCUGCUUUGUUUAUGAGAAUUAAAUAAAUAAAAAUGUUUCUUUUUUUAUGACCGAAAUAAAAACUCCUUCAUGUUUCAAUCUGAAAUGCAAAAAAAAGUUAAUGGGUUUUUCCAGGUGAUCAAUUUAUAAGAGCCUAGUAAGUGUAUGUUAUAACACAUUUGUUCCAGCAAGGUGUGUAUGUGUGUGAGUAUGCAUGUGUAAGAGAGAGGGGGGUUAAGAAUUGUAUCAAAUAUCCAAUGUUUAAUUAGAGAAUAUUCCAUGGAUCAUCAAUAUCAAAAAUAUUGUAAAAUCUGUACUCAUGCCACCUUUUCUAUAUACUUACCAUGUCCAUGCUGUGUAUUUCCCCUUCCCCUUGGUUUUUCUCCUUUUCUCAAAGAUGUAUACCUGCUAAAUAAGAAAUAACCAGUUGAGACAGGGAGAGAGGGAGAGGGAACAUACCCUAACAUAAGGGGAUGGGGCAU